AUCAUCACGCUCUUUUGUCGCAUGCCUCUUGCUUGUGCUGAGUAGACGAGGGUAAAAAAAUGUAUAUAUAGACACAUUUUACUAUGUUUGAUGCUCAGAAGGAUGGCCUAUCGGAAGACUUGCUAGAUAGUGAGGAGGCAAUUGAUGAGCUUGAUAAGGCUAAUUUAGCUAAUCAGGAUAAGAACAAACAGAAGGGCCCAGUCUGGCAUGUUUUGCUCUGAUUCUGAUCAUGAAAACUUUGUCUUGGAGUGUGCUGUUGCUAAUAAGGAAGAGCAACAUGUAGAAGAGAAAGGAAUUGAAUCUGAAGAUGUGUAUCCUUCUGGAUUUCUAAGCUCCACUCCAACAAAACCCCUUGUGGGGAAUGCUGAGGGGACAUCCAGUUCUGGUGGUAAACUUGAAAGUAUGGAGUAUUGCGAGAGUAUUCUUAGAUCUGUAGACUUUUGUGAGUCUGAUGAAGAAGAAUUCAAGGGUGAUGAACUAAAGACUCUUCCCCCUGAAGCUGUCCAGGCCAUACAAAAUAUCUCUUUGAAGAUAUCACUGCUGGAAACCCUUGAUCAUGCUCAAGAUCAAGGGCUGGCCACUGGGAAAAACAAAUGGGGGCAUGUUCUGGUUCAGAAACCUGCUACUAGGGGACAUGGCAAUGUGAAUAUCAUGGAGAAAGCUGCGGCUUACAAGAGGAAGCAGAAUCUCGAAAUUCCUAAAACCUUCAAAGGGGCGAAGCUGGCGAGAUAUGCGUUGUGUGUUGGAUCAGGUGGGGGCAACAAUCAGGCAGUGGAAAAUCUUAUGUUCAGAGGUCCAGAGUGCUCUACUUCUCCGGUGCUUAAGGCUUUUGGAUCGGCGAAGAGGGAAACUGCUUAGAAUCGUCUGGAUUAGCUGAAACGAACAAAUAGACUAUCUACCUUUCAAUGAAAAAACUCUCUGUGAGAGAUGUAAUAGGGUUGUAGCUUUAAGACCCUGAUGUUUGUUCUGUGGCAGCUACUUUUGGUUUUCGCCGAGAGCUGUUAAACAGUCUGGUUCUGUCGUGGUUGCCUUGGCUUUAAUAAAGUUGGGGCGGGGGGCAACCCCUUUCUUUUCAAAAAAAAAUUAUUAUGUUUGUUCACUUAUUUUAA